ACUAUUAUCUUUUUUUUUUUUUUUUUUUCCUAUCCACUUAUCUGCAUCUCUUUACUCGUUAGUGAUGGAUCUCGAAAUGGUGAAUAUGUUUUUGAAAAACGUACCAUAACAUAGAAGAGGGCUUUUUCAUAUUAAAGGGUGAUAUGUAUGUAUUUUAUUUUAUUUUUUUUCCCACUGGAGGGAAUUAAGUCAGUCAUCCAUGUGGCUCAUUUGGCGUAAACAGGUCUAGCGUGAGCAGUCAUGUGAUUCCAGUCUGGUCUGGGAUUGGCAUAGGGGAGAUGUCACAUGUCAGUCAGCAGGACAGUCACAUGAUGGAGGAAUACAAAUAGCAAUUCUUGAGACAAACGAGCUCAUUUUCUUCACAGCUUCCUUUAAAAUUAAAUCAGGCACAUUCUGAGGCGUAAGCAUAUUGUGUGGGAUGAUGAGAUCCGUGGACUGCUGAGGUUUGAGCAGCGAUUUCAGAUACUGGCUUUGGCUAACCUAAAGAGACAGAAAUGAUAAAUAAAGCAGCGAGCCAGGUGACGUAUCGUGUUGUCCAGGUGACCGACCAGCACGUUGAUGGAAGAGAGGAUGCAGGAGGAGCAGUGAGCGUCGUUUCAACAGCUGCUUUUGCUGGGGCUCCUCAGGCUGUGGCUCAGGCUGUGAUCCAAAACCCUUUCAGUAAUGGAGGAAGCCCAGCAGGAGAGGCAGUGGGAGGGGAGACCCGCUUCGCUUACUUCCCCGCAACCGCUGUGAGCGACGGGACCGUGUCAGUGCAGGCCGCUGCAGACCCAACCCUCACACAGGCGGGGGGUCAGUUUUAUGUGAUGAUGACGCCCCCUGAUGUCAUUCAGACAGGCACACCACGAACCAUCGCCCCACGCACGCAGCCUUACCCUGCAGAUGAAAACGAGCUGCUGCAACAUGAAGGUUUAAACUGGAAAAUGGACGGACCCCGAACGCCACGAGAUGAAAGAAGACGAGCGCAACAUAAUGAAGUCGAAAGACGACGACGAGACAAAAUCAAUAACUGGAUCGUCACGCUUUCCAAGAUGAUACCCGACUGCACUAUGGACAGCACCAAGACCGGAGCGAGCAAAGGAGGCAUCCUCUCAAAAGCUUGUGACUACAUCCGUGACCUGCGGCAAAGCAACCAGCGACUGCAGGAGAGUCUGAAGGAAGUGGAGAGGAUACAAGUGGACAAUGAGUUGUGCAGGCAGCAGAUCGAGGAGCUGAAGAACGAGAACGCGUUGCUCCGGGCGCAGCUCCAGCAGCACGGCAUCGAGACGGUCGGAGAGACGCCGCCGCAAUAACGGAGACGAACGCAACGGGGGAGGAGCACCGACCACUUAAAACAUGUCACCGAUGCUGUAGGGGAGGGAGAGAAAAAGAGCAGACGCGACGAUUGGAAAAAGACUCGUUGGAGAAUCACUUUGUCUUUAGUGAUUGCCUCCUUCUCCAGCUUCCGGGUCACGAACCCUUCACCAGCCAUUUGUGGCUGCACUCGACUGUUCCAGUCCUCUCGAGAUAACCACCCGUUGCAGCUCAGUAGAAGUGUACUCCAAGAAAACAUGUCCUCUCUCCUCCGUCGGAGUGCUGCACCAGCACUAGCUAUGAAACAGAACCUCUGCUGAACUUAUCCUGUGAUUAGUAUUUAUGUAGCCUCACCAAUGGACUAUGGGUUUUGUUAUCUGAGUUUGUUUCUUGUGAGUUCCCGUUUUUCUCGCCAUUCUUAAUUUUGUCAUAGUUCCUGCUUUCACCCUGUUUGUGGUUUCGAGUUCUGUAUUAAUAAGUUGUUUUUAGCUCGUAUAAUUUAUUAGUCUGCUUGCUGACAGAAGACUUGACGGAGACCAGUUACGGUGAAAAUCAUGCACGAUUCCCCUCCCCCCCCACACCCCCUCCCCCCCAGACGAGCGGGCUGAAUUUUAAAAGCGAGAAAACAUCAAAAGUUUGCAAAACAGGAUUCUGAAAGACGAGAAUAAUGUGGCACACACAUUUUUACCUACAUCCAAAGACAAACGAGGAGCCGUGCGAGCCGAUGCCUCCGGGCAGAUUUAUGUAAAAUACGACUUCUCAUGUUUUAAUACAGAUGUUACAGAAUGUUAGAGCGGAUUAUUUCUGGGAGUCAACAAUCAAUAACUCAUUAACUCCAUGCUGGCCCUCCGUCAUACUUAUUACCAUGAAGUGUGUGCAAUCUUGAAGCUUGAUUUGAGGUUAAAAAAAAAAGGAAAGAAAAAAAAAAAGAGCGGGGUAUACUUGAAAUGUUGGGCAUUUGCUUGAUUGAAGAAAGUCAAAACAAAUCACUUGUAAAGUUCCGAUUGUUUAAAUUGUAUUUAAGUAAAAAAAA